AUGUCGCUGCUGUGCUCAGCAACGCCUGGCCAUCAGCGUCCAGCGGCACAAGAAUUCACGAAGCGCGAGCUCGCCGAUACGAAUCGGCGAGUGUCAACUCCCUCGCGCAGUUCCACGAAUGACGACAGUUUAACAUCUCUAUCGCUUGAGUGUUGA